AUUUUUAUAACUUACUAGUAAAUUUUAGUAAUUUACUAAAAAUUCACUUGAGGUAUUUCGCAAAUUUCACUCGUCGCGGCGCGUUGUCGCGAAUGCUCUCUACACGUGACGCAGUGUUGUUUAUCAAUCAAUCGCUGUCAACUGAAUCAUCGUAGAUUUUCUCUGAUCUCAGGCAGAUGCACGAGCCGAUUGCGUAAAAAGUUAUGUCGUUGGAUCAAACAGUAUGCGAAGAUCUAAAAGCUUUCGAAAGGCGACUCACCGAAGUUAUCGCUAGCCUGCAACCAGCUACAACGCGAUGGAGAAUGCUGCUGGGUUUAAUGUCCAUUUGCACCGCCAUCGGUGCUUGGCACUGGCUGACAGAUCCCAAUACGUCAGCAGUAUCCUUCACGCAGAGUUUGUACAAUCAUCCAUUCUUCACGAUGGCUAGUAUAAUAUUAGUGAUAUUGUUUAUGCUGGGGGUGCACAGGCGAGUAAUAGCACCCAGUAUUAUAACUCAGCGAGCUAGAAGCGUGCUUGGCGAUUUCAACAUGAGUUGUGACGACACUGGAAAGUUAAUUUUGAAGCCCACAAGACCUCCUCAUCCCCAUGAGACAUAAAAUGUUUGGCAACGAUAAUGAUGGUGAAAAUGUGUCCAUUCUUUGUGUGCGCCACAAGAUUGUUGCGACAUUACGACGAGCUGAGAGUUGUACAUUUUAAGCCUUAUGAGUUCUAGUAAAUUAUACAUAUGUGAUCUCUUGUAUAGUGCAUAUUAAGUUUACAUAUGUGAAUACAAUACGUCCGAGCGUACAAUCUUGUUUAUUUUUUCAGAACUUGGAUUUAUGCUACUGCUUACCUGAUUAGAUUCUUCUAGUAUUUUGACGAUUUAAAAUUGCAACGAAGAAUCGGGGGAUUAUCACUGAGUAAGAAGUUACAUUAGUUGAGAUUUCACGAGUUGCAAUUCUGAAUAUUCCUGAAAAUCUGUCGAUUCGUGCACAAGUUGACGAAGCUUCUGGAAAGCAUAGACGAGAGAUAAUAAAUUGAAGAGGUGGUAACUGAAGUUUUCAAAAUUAUGAUUUUAAAGCCGCAAAUGUAUAUAACGAUCAAAACAUUUAUUCGUAGUAAUAUUCCGCAUAUUACAAUUCUUUUCCGAUCUCAGUAUGCACAAUCACGCAGUUUGUCUUUUUAAAAUAGUCACAUGUACAACAUUAUAAUCUAUGCGGAUUACCGUUCGUUCACAAUCAGAUAUUCAUCAGGAGUGUCUUGUCAGUUCUGAAAUCGUACUAGACUACAAUAUGUAAUAUAUACAAUGGUUAUGCGAUCUCAGAAUGUUACCUCCAACAUACCGCCAUUGGACAAUGAUUGUGUAUUUGAAAAAUAUCUUGUAAGACAACUUUAACAAUUGUACAGAGAUCCAAUAUUCAAUACACAAAGUAAACACUCACUUUUUAGACAUAUGGACAUGCAUGCAUGUACAUAUCAUCAACUUAGACAGCCCCGCCUAGCCCCUCUCCCUGUCAAUUGUAUAAACUUUACGAUAAUUUGCCAAGUUAAAUUUGUAAAAUAGAUUAAACACUUAUUUAAGCAUUUUACGACUUUCCUGACAAAUGAACAACAAAUUGAUGCGCACUGUUUAUAUGUACACUACCGCUCAAAAGUAUUUGCCCACAAGAUAUUUGUGCUCUAAUGUCUGGGAAUAAAUAAAAUAAUGUAUGACUGCAAAUUGCAUACUUAUACAUUAAAA